UUAAUUCUAUCAACAAAUACAAAAGAAUCUUUCAUAUAUGAAUCAGCCUCUGACAUUGCUUGUAAUAAUAAGUAAGCCAACGAUUUAGCCGUGUUAUGAUUAUAAGCGCUAUAACUAGAAGUAAUGGGACGAACAGGAAGAGUACAUUUGUGCAUCUUAGGUAGGAAGUAAGCGUCUGGUGUAUGUGAACCGGUCAUGAAUUGCCUUAAAUCACAGUGUUUUACCCUGAUUAUUUGGUCUCUCUUAAUUUCAGUAAUUGGUCAAUUAAUUCUUUCAUCAGUUAAGUUUCUAUUCCUUAACUCAGAUGAAUGUUUAUCUCCUAAUAUAGCAUUAGCUUUAUCCAGAUACUCACUUAAGAUAACAUCAAUGUUAAAUGUACAUCAGAUACUCGCUAAAGUCAUUAAUGACCACAAAUAACAUUGUCGAGUGCUUGAAAUGAUUUUUAUCGCUCAAAAUGUGUUUUUCUGUCUGCAUGUUUUUUCAACAGUCCCUUCCAUCUAGUCACAGGUGUAGAUUUUAUUUCGUUCUAUCAUCUUUUCUUUUUCAGUUACAGAAACUUUAAGAUUGAAAAACCUGGAUUUUAAGACGUUGUUUCAGUGUUUUUGGUAUAAUUUGGAAAGAAAAGAUGAUAGAAGGAAAAAGAAUUUACAUCUGGAAAUAUUGUUUACUAUUUAUGAUAAAGUUUUGAAGUCGAUCGGAUCAAGUUAUCGAGAGGUCGUAAUAGAACGAUAUCAAAAAGCGAGUUUUCUAAAAAACUCGACAAUCUUUAUAGUUAGGGGGUUGCAACAAAAAUGAAAAGAUGCUCAAUUGAGUUUUCAAUUAGUCCUGGAAUGGAGAAGGCUUUCCAGUUUAUGCUUGGAGAGGAGGGGUAUCCUUAACUGUUGCUCAUAUAACUAACAUUCUGAUCUUCUAUCAAAUUUUUUCCGGUUAAUGCAUAAUAAAAGUGAUCACUAAUUACAAUCAUUUUACAGAGAACGAACAGAGCCUGUUCAAUUGGCUGAUAACAACUGUUUUUGAAAAAACUUCUUAGUUUAUGAGUUACAAACAUCCAACUUAGUCAUAUUCCAUCGUGAUAGCACGGAAAAAAGGAACGUUUUUUCCCUUGUAUAUAUUGUAUAUAUUGACUUGUAUAUAUUCUUAUCUAAUUUCAGGACACAAAAUCAACAGCAUAUGGCGAACCGAUUGAAGAUGCUGUUAAUGUUUGUUUGAAAUCAAAACAAAUAAUUGCUGCCGGUGUGAAUUGUGUUGAUCCGACGUUAGUUGAGCCAAUAGUGGAACGAAUCUCGAACAUUGAUCGUGAUAUCAUAGUAUAUCCGAACGCGGGCAACACGUGGAAUGAAAAAUUAAGGCAGUACAAUCGAGAUGGUCAAUCAAUCGUCCAGUUUGUUUCUAAUUAUCUUAAAGCCGGAGUGAAAUGGAUCGGUGGAUGCUGUGGCGUUGAUCCAGAUUCAAUUCGUCAAAUAAAACAACUUCUCGUCGAAGCAUAA